UCACUACAUCAGUCUAGCCGCGGCUGUCGAGCGCGGAGGUCGCACUGUACGUACGUCACGUUAAUCCUAUACAUCGCGGUUGCUGAAAAUUCUUUAAACUUUUCCGUAGUAUUGAGUGUUGUGUGACAAUGGAAUUGUGUGUGAACUAAUGUUGUUAGAAUGAGUGUUCUAGUUUAAACCUUAUUUUGUGCAAGUGCUUGGUGGAUUUUCAUCGGGGCCAGCUUUUUGUUAUACAUACGAGCACACAUAGGUGAUUGUACAAAUAAAACAUGAAAGCGACAUUCACCCUUCUUUGCGUGUACUUCUACGCACUCCUGUCCAGCGGCAAUACUUCAGACGACGACGACCGCCGUUGGCUGUCGUCGCUCAUCGCCCUGGUAGAGAUGGACUACGAAGACCACUGCGAGCAGAGGGCCACGGCUUCUUGGAAUGAGCUUGUAGGCUCCCCGAAAGGAUUAGCUCAAAAGCUGGGACGCGACAAAAGCUUUGGGAUCUUCGCCCGCGCUCAGACCACCGACGUACGCAUAGCGCUCAAGGCGCAUGCGCUCAGCGACGACGAACUCCUCAAGCGUAAGGUUAAGCUGCUGCUGCAGCCGGGCGACUUGCUGCUGCCCACCGAACAGUGGAUCCGGCUGGUCACAUUUGCAGACACCUCAGAGAACGCUCUGCGAUUUGCAACAGACUAUGAUUGUGGAACAACUAUAAAUUGUACACUGAGAGAACUACACAACAGCCUGGCUAAGCAGCACGAUGAAGAAACAUUGCGCCACAUGAAGGAGUCAUGGGAGAAGAAGCUUCCGGAUUUAAACGAAUACCUUGAGACAAUAUUACCGUUGCUGAAGAACACGUCCAAAGAAAAUGAAUUUAACACAGUCGAAGAGUACUGGGACUCACUCGCUGAGUACGAAGGUGCAAUACUGAAGGCUCGAGAAUUGUGGGAGCGCAUCAGGCCACUCUACGAGAAGCUGCACAAAUAUGUCGCUCUCAGGUUGAAAGGCACCGAGGCUGUCGGAAAGCCACUGCCAGUUUAUUUGUUAAGGUCACUGGCAGGAGACGAUUGGUCAAAUGUUAUAGAAAACCUACUACCUAAGCAUGCAGAUAUUUAUCAAAAAUUGUACGCUAAUCUACAGUUAAAGAAUUUAGGUGGUGUUCAGGCAUUUGAAGAGGCCUCAAAAUUGCUAACGGAGAUAAAUAUGGCACAAAUUGAGCCAUACACUUGGAACAAAUCAAUAUUCAAUAGCAGCUGUCCACCCGAGCUGGUGGAUUGGUGUAAGCCUAAUAAGCUAAGGGUAAUCUCAUGCAGCGAUGUGUCUAUCGGAAAUUACAUGGAUGCUCACGAGGCUGUCAUGCGAAUAAAGUAUAAAGAUACUGUCGCUUUACAUAGCAACAAUACUUACACAUUGAGAAAUGCUAACCGCUAUUCAGCUAUUUACGAAGCUAUACCUGAAUUCGCAUCACUUUUGUCGGUAAAUCCUCAUGCCUUGAGUCGAGCUGGAUUAUACUCUAUAGAGAGGUUUAAUUUCAACCCGAACUAUCAUCGUCUGGUUCUUCAAUUAAUAACUGCUUUGCGAGACCUGCCGAAAUUGAAUUUCUAUAUAGCCGCCGAUGAUUGGAGACUAAAAUAUCUGAAAGAAACAAAAACUUCUUCAACAAAAAAUGAGAGCUGGUCUGACUUUAGAAGAGAUUUCUCUUGGUUAGAAACUUCUAACGUAGAUAUCCUUGGUAACCCUUAUGUGCUUCAGAACAAGCCAUUUAUUGGAAGAUUUAUGGGCCUUAUUCUCAAAUAUCAAAUUUAUCAAUCCUUUGCCGAAGAACUUAUUUCGGAUGAGUCUGACCUUAUAAAACAUAUUUCUGAGAACAACGAUCGUUUAAUGAUUACAAUGUCUCAAGGCUUGGGAAUCAGAUGGCCUGAAAUGGUUAGCGAUUUAUUAGCUAAACGAGAGAACGCGCUCGAAUACACAGGUUUGACUGACUACUACAGACUUCUAGACGAAUAUUUAGACAACCAACUAAAUCCUAAGCUAGGAGUUAAUGAAUCAGAUGAUUAUGUCUUGCCUUCUGAACCAGAAAUUAUAGAAAACGAAAUUCCCACCGAAUUUCAACUAUCCGAAAAUAGUGAGACCCAUGAGAACAUUCAACAAAACGAAAUUGGUACAGGAGAUGAAAAUAAUAUGAAGUUUGGCGCCGAAACGUCGACUGUGGGUGUGUUAGAAAUAAAAAACCCUGUUGUAUCUGGGGACCAGGAGCAAAAAGAUACAAAUGUAAAAGAAGCUUCAUAUAACGUCUACUGGUGGAUUGGCAUAGCUGUUGCAGUAGCCAUUAUAGUAUUAUUGAUAGCAAUAAUUGCAAGAAAACGGCAGAACCAUCGAAAACAGCUUGACAGACAAAGAAGAGAAAAUACGCAUGCGUGAUUUGAGGAGUAUCGGUUCUAGAUGAGGAACCGAUGUUAUAUCUAUCUACUUAUACUUAUUAAUGUGUGCCAAUGCGAUUCAUUUUAUGUGUGUGUUGAGUUACAGAGUUUAAAAAGUGUGCGAGUAAAAAUACAUCUAUUUAUUCUGCUUUAGAAGUAAUUACCAAUUAAGUUACUUGCUUUGUGUUCACAACGUUUAUUUAUCAACAAUAUUGUUUAUUGUCAAACGAAUAUUAUUAGGUGCUGUUUAAUUAUGAAUUAUGAAAAAAAUCUGCAAUUUUUAUUUGUAAAAAUAAUGCAUGAUUUACUAUGUGUACCUACCAAAAUUAUAAUUAGCGCUCUUAAGUUGCACCAGUAUACCAAAUACAUUUAAUGCUCAAAAUAUUGCUUGUCAAAUGUUGCUACAAUCACAGUUGCAACUCGCGUCUAAAAUUAUAUUUUACAAUAAUUAUUAUUUAGCUUCAACAGCUUAGUUAGGUAAUUAUUUUAUUCAUGCAUUAAGCCUUGUUUGAACAUCAAUGAAAUAAACGUAAUAAAAAAAUAUGAUGUCUAACUAGUUAGUAAAAUGAAAAGAAAAAAUAUUUUUGUACAUAUCACAUUUUGCAAAAAUAGUCUAAAUGUUACCAAGAGUGUCUAUAUAAUAAUUUGUACAUAAUAGUUAAGUGUAAUUUCGCUGUGCCUUAAGCGUCUCAAUUUCUAAUGAGUACUCUGUGUAGUAUAAUAAUAUUUAGUAAUUAUAUUAGUUAGAAAUUAAUUUGUAAUAAGUAUCUUCGGGCUCAUAUUUCACGAAAUUUAUGUGACAAAAAUAUAUGUCAGACCAAUUUGUAAUAAAAAUAUUUGUUUAAGAAAAAUACAACGCUGAAUUAAUUCAAACAGUUACCAAAUUCCUAUGUAAUUCAGUUUUAUUUAUUAAAUGUUUUAGCUUUAAAAAACAAAUUAUUUUGUGGCACUUCUUUUGUUCUUGUAGUUCCAGAGCGCUUUUUCCCCGUUCAGCAAUGCGUACUUUCCUAGCUCGCCAGGAAUGAGUAGUUUUGUGGCAGUUCUGAUUUCGGUCUCGGUCAAAGUAAUCUUGUUUCCGUGUGCUAAUAAAUAGUCUUCCAGCUUCACAAGCGAUUCGUUCUAACAUACCGUUGACGAAAUCGUUCAUGAUUACCACGGCUUUGGUUGAGAUUACGACGUUGAUAUCUGUAAUAUUUUUUAACGUUCGGAAUAUGUAUUAUAUAUCUUGUAAUCGGUGUACUUCUUUCUUGACGUCUUCUUGCUGCCCUUCUUCUUUUUCGGGCUCAGAGGUUUCGAGGACUUGAGCGCUUUCUUCGGAACUUUUACUGCCGUCAUUUUUGUUUUAUUUUUAUAUUUGUGUUUAUUUACAACAACGACUAUUUUGGUAAAUUGAUUUUAUUUAAAACAUAAUUAUACAUGUCUAGUUGUUUUGUUCUUAAUUUCUUAGGAUCAGUCCUAUCCAAAUAUUAUUUUAUCAAACUUAUUCUUUCAACCAGAAAUAUCACAGUUGAAAGCUAAAAGAUCAUAUCCAUAACCGUUUGAUAACAAAUAAAUACUAUUUAAAUAGGCCUUAAGGAGGUCGAUUCAGAUUAAUGUUUUUUAAAGGAUUUUAUUAGUUAUGAUACGAUAUUAAUGAUCGCUCUCGCUGAUAAAUGUGCGCAAAAUCCACUGGGAGCCGUGUAUAGUCAGCUGCAGAGAAAAGAUACCUCCCUGCAUAGAAGUUGGUAUGCAAAGGCUGACUGGUAUCUAUGCUGACUGUGUCGUCAGGCAUCCCGCUCGCACUGGAAAUAAUAUCAAACUUCAAAAAAUCGUUAAAUCUGAAUCGGCCUUCAUUGAAUACGCUCGUUUAUUAUCUCGUAUAUAACUUUAAACCAAACAGAGGGGAUAUACAGGGCGUCCUUAGCCUUUGAACAAAGCCGAAAUGUGCAUAUGGAACAGGGUAUUUCGAACCAUUAUAAUCAAAUUAUCACAACAUUCGCUACGAAAGAAAGUAGUUUUUUUUUGGUGCCGCCUGUAUUUAAUUAGAUGCACCUGAGGUGAUACAUAUAUCCUCAUUCCUCAUUGAAAUGCAGAAAACCUCCAUUGUAACGAUUAAUAGGUAUUAUUUUCAAAUUAUGGUAUUAGUUCCUAUGGACUUUGACAUUAUAACAGCGUCAUAAUAUUUACAAACAUUAUCAAAAAUUAUUUGAUUUAUUUUAUAUGAAUGGAAAUCAUAAAAAUUGAAUCUUUAUUGUGAAAAAUUGCAGUCAGAAUACCAAAUUCGCAUGAAUAAUUUACAGGUUGUGUAAGGUUUUAUAAAAAAACAUGGUGUAUGCAAAAGAUGUAUACACAUCUGCAAUAACGGAUAGUGAUGCUGAUGGUGCUUCCAAAGUUACGGCGGUUUAAUGCGCAGACUGAGCGCCGCGCCGAUUUAAAACCUACAAGAAAAGGAAAGUUUAACUACAUAAUGUUUUUUUUUUGUUUUAAUUUCAAAAAAUGUAUUACAGGUGCUUAAAUGCAUUUAAGUAUAUGCCUUCAUAUGUCUUUCUAUGUAAAAUAGCAGACGACCCCUUCCACACACACAAACAUAUCGCGUCGUAUUUAACGUAAGUAAUGUUUUAUGUCAUAAUGUCAUGUGUCUCAUUAAUAAUAGUAUCAUACUGUCAAAGUUAUUGGCAAAUGGACAGGAUUGAUAGGAAAUAGGAUAUUACUAUUUAUUGGCAAUUAUUAGGAUUCAGUUUGGUUUGAAAAUAGGUUUUAUUUUUUAUUUUGUUCUUAUUUAAAAAAAGUACAUUAGAGCGUUCCUGAUCAAUAACCCCAUUUAGGGCUUUGUCGAGAAGCUAAGGACACCUUGUAUAUUAUAAUUUAAGUAAACGACAGUUUAUACCUAUUAUAUUGAUUUAUCCUUUAAAUUAUAAAAUAAAAUGAGCAAAGGAAAUAAUAAAUGUUU